AUGCCCUCCGACCCACCCAAACCACCAAUAUCAAACGCAACCCACGGCCUAGUCGGCACCCUAAAACCGUGCACAAUCCCCUCAAUCAACAGCACACAUCCAAACCAAAAAGCAUGGAACGCCGAAUCCUACACCUUCCUCGAAGAGGACUGCCCCCAAACCGCAAACCCAACCCUCUGGCAGCAAAGCCACCUAACAUCAAUAAAUGGCCUCUUCGAAGUCACAGCAGGCGUCUACCAAAUCCGCGGCUUCGACGUAGCAAACAUGACAAUAAUCGAAGGCGACACAGGAAUAUUAGUGGUCGACCCAUUGACCUCAACGGAAACCGCUGCGGAGGCGUUAUCCCUGUACCGCAGUGUCCGCGGCGAAAGACCCGUUUCAGCGCUUCUGUAUACACAUUCAUCCAUCGACCAUUUCGGCGGUGUGCAGGGGGUUUUGCCUCCGGAGGAAGGAGUCAAAUAUAACAUUCCGAUUAUUGCGCCUGAAGGGUUUAUGGAGGCUGUGACGAAUGAGAAUAACUUUGUUGGGAAUGCUAUGGCCAGGCGGACUAUGUUUGUUUAUGGGAGUUCGCUUGCUCGGGAUGCUGGGGGUACUGUUGGGUGUGGGAUUGGGAGUUCUGUUUCUACGGGGUGUUCUUCGUUGAUUCCGCCGAACAUUUUAGUGAAGCAUAACGAGGAAGAGAGGGUUGUUGAUGGUGUUAGGAUUGUGUUUCAGCUUGUGAAGGGGGAUGGGGUGGCUUCUGAGAUGAAUUGUUAUUUCUCGGUGCAGCGGGCGCUUUAUUUUUCUGAGUGUUUGGUUCAGGGGUUGCAUGCUGUUUCUUCGUUGAGGGGUGGGACGGCUGUUGAUGUUAAGGGUUGGUCGAGAGUUUUGGAUGAGGCUUUGGUGCUGUUUGGGGAGGAGGCUGAGGUUCUUUGUCUCGGGCAUACUUGGCCUGUUUGGGGGACAGAGGAGAUUGAGUUGGUUGUUGCGAGCCAGAGGGAUUUAUAUGCUUAUUUGCAUGAUCAGACUGUCAGGUUGAUGAAUCGCGGUAUGAAUGGGGUUGAGAUUGCUGAAGUUUUGGAUUUGCCGGUCGGUUUGCAGGAUACCUGGCAUGCGCAGGGCUUCUAUGGCUCUGUCAGCCAAAAUGUGAAGGGCAUUUAUCAGCGGUAUAUGGGGUGGUUUGAUGGUGAUGCUGCACGGCUGUGGGAACAUCCGCCUGCUGAGAAUGCGAAGAGAUAUGUGUUCGCUAUGGGUGGUAUUGACAAGGUGAUUGACAAGGCUGAACACUUUGUUCACGAGGGUGAUCUUCGCUUUGCUGCUACGUUACUCGGCCAUGCCGUCUCUGCCGAUCCCAUGCAUGCUGAAGCCAAAGAAUUCCUAGCAGGGGUGUAUACGAGUCUCGGAUUUGGGGCUGAGAAUGCCACCUGGCGAAACUAUUAUCUAUCUGCGGCUCAGGAUCUGGGAAGAAUCCCCGGUUUGCAGACCAAGACUCUGGGUUCUGGAAUGAAAAUGGGCCAAUCAGUGGAUCAGUGGUUUGAUCUAUUGGCCAUUCGAUUGAAUGGGCCCAAGGCUGGGACUGAGUGCUUCGCUAUUGAUGUCCAUGUUAUCGACGAGCAGAGAUGGUGGCGGAUCAAUCUAAGCAACGGAGCGCUGACCUACAGGAGUGCGCUUGCACAAGAUGGAUUUAGUGGCGUUUCAGGCUUGACGCUUAUUCUACAGAAGAAAGAGUUAUUCGCCGUGCUGGGUGGCGUUUGGCUGCAGCAUGCACAAUCGGGCGAUUUGGGAUUAUUGGAGAAAUUGUUGUCAUUGAUCGAAGACUAG